AUGUACAACGAGGACGAAAUCCUGUUCGCUAGAACAAUGGCUGGUGUCUUUAAGAACAUCCACUACUUGUGUUCUAGGAAUCGCUCGCAGACGUGGGGUACGGAUGCUUGGAAAAAGGUGGUUGUUUGUGUCGUUAGUGAUGGCCGUGGUAAAAUUAAUCCUAGGACGCGGAGUGUUCUGGCGGGUAUGGGAUGUUACCAGGAGGGCAUCGCUAAACAGAAGGUUAACGACAAGGAAGUUACGGCUCAUAUCUACGAGUACACCACUCAAGUUGGUAUCGAUCUUAAAGGAGAUCUGGUAAAGCUUACUCCAAACGGGAAGCAAGGGCCAGUUCAAAUGCUCUUUUGCUUAAAAGAACGAAAUCAGAAAAAGAUCAACUCGCAUCGUUGGUUUUUCCAAGCUUUCGGCCAAGUCCUUGACCCGAAUGUUUGUGUUCUCAUUGAUGCGGGAACUAAACCUGGCGGGUCGAGUAUCUAUCACCUAUGGAAGGCCUUCGACAUCAAUCCCCAGUGCGCAGGUGCUUGUGGUGAAAUCAAGGCCAUGUUGGGACCGGGAGGCAAAUAUUUGCUCAAUCCACUUGUUGCGACUCAAAACUUCGAGUACAAGAUGUCCAAUAUUCUCGACAAACCAUUGGAGAGUGUGUUUGGGUUUAUCAGUGUGCUCCCCGGUGCUUUCUCCGCCUAUAGAUAUACGGCGCUACAGAACGACGCACAGGAUGAAGGUCCUUUGGAGAAAUACUUUAAGGGAGAGAAGAUGCAUGGUGGUGACGCUGGUAUCUUCACUGCCAAUAUGUAUCUUGCUGAGGACCGUAUUCUCUGUUUUGAGCUUGUGGCUAAGCGGAAGGCGAACUGGGUCUUGCAGUACGUCAAAUCGUCAAGUGCCGAGACGGACGUGCCGGACGAAAUGUCGGAGUUGAUUUUACAGCGAAGGCGUUGGCUCAAUGGUUCAUUCUUCGCUGCCGUUUAUGCUCUAGUGCACAUGUUUGAUAUCUGGAGAAGUGACCACUCGAUGAUGCGGAAAUUGAUGUUCCACGUUGAGUUCUUCUACCAGACAAUAUCUAUGUUAUUCUCGUGGUUCGCUAUCGGCAACUUUUUUCUGGUUUUUAGGAUUUUAACAGUCAGUUUGGCGGACCCGGCUCUCAAUUUUCCACCCGGCAAUGUGCUCAGUAUUGUGUUUGAAUGGUUGUAUCUUGGGACUCUCCUCACCUGUUUCGUUCUGUCACUCGGAAACACUCCGCAAGGAACUAAGAAGCUUUAUAUGACUAUUGUCAUCUUCUGGGCUGUUCUCAUGGUGUAUCUAUUGUUUGCUGCCGUCUUCAUCUCCGUCAAAUCUGUUACGAAGGAAUUAGCAGAUAAUGGGGGUAAAUUCUCGGCCAGCAGUAUCUUUCAGAACCAGUUAUUUAGAGAUUUGUUGAUUUCGCUGUCGUCAACGUACUUGCUUUACUUUGUGGCUUCGUUCAUGUUCUUUGAGCCAUGGCAUAUGUUCACCAGUUUUGUCCAGUACCUCCUCCUCUCACCUUCUUACAUCAAUGUCCUGAACGUCUAUGCCUUCUGCAACACCCACGAUAUCUCCUGGGGUACCAAAGGGCCUGACGUGCCCCCACCCAUCAAAAACGGAGCGGUAAAAACAGUUGACGGAAAAGCCGACAUGAAUGUCCCAACAGACGACAAAGAUCUUGACGAGCAGUACGAAGCUGAAAUCAAAGUCCUCGCCGAAAAGUUUGUGCCCGAGCCGGAAAAGCCAAAUGAAUCACAGAUCCAAAAGGAUUACUAUGCUGGUGUGCGUUCCUGCGUCGUGCUUGUGUGGAUGUUUUCGAACUUUGCCCUCGCUGCGACGAUCUUGAACAGUGCCGGUCUCGAUAGGAUUAGUCUGGAUGACGAGAAGAGCGAGAAGGAGAGAAGCAAGAUUUAUCUUGCGAUUGUGCUUUGGACCGUGGCCGCGUUGUCGGCGUUUAGGUUUUUGGGAGCUUCUUGGUUUUUGAUUAUUCGGAUGUUCCGCGGUGUAUAAUCUCCCUCUUCAGAUACCUAGAUUCUCUGAGCAGGAGGAAGGACAUGAUAAAUAGGAGGAGAAACGGUAUCGCAUCGUUAAUUCAAUUCAAUGCACAUCAUGCCGCACCAUACCCUCCCCUUCCGUCCGCCCUGCUCAUCCACCCUCGCCCGUUAGCUCUAUGAUGCCGCCACGAUACGGUACCAUCACGACAUCAAUGUAUUACAUUAAAAAGAUUACGACCGUUUUCUCCCUUUUUUUAUUCCCUUUUUUCGAUGCCCCAUUUAUCUCUUUUCUUGUUUGUACUUGGCAUUUUUAUUUUUUUCGCCCUGCCUCUUUCGGCUAUUACAUUACAAUAUAGUACAUACCCAACCUAUGUAAAUAUCAUAAACGGUAUGUGUCGUAUGAUGUUCCGCACAUUGGUCAUUGAAGAAGGGGAGGAGGGGAUGAGAGGAGCAUAGCAUAGCCGUCAUGCAGCGCUGCUUGCUUGCGCAAUCCUAGCAGGGUUAGUGAGAAGCCGGAGCAUGCGGUAUCACCUACUCGAUGCCGGGGCUCUGGUGACACGUGAUGGGAAGGGAGAUUCAACUCAACGGGUUGGGUGGCGAGUGGGGAGUUAUGUAAGUUGUAUCGUAGCAUAGGCAUAACACCGGUAAGAGGGUGGAUGCCAGGGAGAUUAAGAAUGGUAGGAUCUGGCCCGGAC